AUGGGUAUUACUCGUGACUCCCGUCACAAGAGGUCGGCUACCGGUGCGCGCCGCGCCUACUACCGCAAGAAGAGGCAGUUUGAGCUGGGUCGCCAGCCCGCUAACACGCGUAUUGGUGCCAAGCGUAUCCACGACGUCCGCGUCCGUGGUGGCAACAUCAAGCCCCGUGCUCUCCGUCUCGAGAGCGGCAACUUUGCCUGGGGCUCGGAGAACAUCACUGCCAAGACCCGUAUCCUGGGUGUGGUGUACAACGCCUCGAACAACGAGCUUGUCCGUACCAACACGCUCGUGAAGGGUGCCGUUAUCCAGAUUGACGCUACUCCUUUCCGCCAGGCGUACGAGAAGCACUACGGCCAGCCGGUGACCAAGCGCCGCGUGCCCGGUGUGCAGCCCCCCACUGAGGAGGUCAAGAGGAGCCAGCACGUCGAGCGCAAGCUCGCUGAGCGCCGCAAGGACGCCAAGGUUGACCCUAUCGUCGAGCAGCAGUUCGGUGCCGGUCGCCUCUACGCCGUCAUCUCGAGCCGCCCCGGCCAGUCGGGCCGUGCUGACGGUUACAUCCUCGAGGGCAACGAGCUGGAGUUCUACGCUCGUCGCCUCCGUAACGCCAAGUCCAAGCACGCCUAA